CAGCGAACAAAAACAAAAAAAAAAACAUCCUAUGAGUGAUGGUAAGCUAUUAUAGACUGAGAGAGGAUUCUGUGGGCGAAGAAAGCAACUAAAACCGUCGAGAAACGAAGUGGGAAGAGGCUGUCGGAGUUCGCCGGAGGGAACAUUUGCCGCGCAGAGAGAGAGAGAGAGCACAACUCCGCCACUAAAGCUGCGUCGCCGGAGGGGGAGAACCACCUCUGGAUUUAUCAUCUGCUGCCGAAGAAGAAGGUAAUUAUUUUGAGUGAGGAGCAAAUAGAAGAUAUCUCUAGGAGUACUUGGAGCUGAGACAUUAUGCCACCAAGACGUGAUCCGAAUGCUGUGCCAACCAAUGCGGAAUUGGCCCAAACUGUUCAGCUUCUUACUCAACUCACCCACACUAUUGCGAAUGCGGUGCUCCAAAACAACCAGCCACGUAAUAAUGGCAGUGACAUGGAAACCCGUGUAGCGGCACGAAAUCCACCGAGCUUCCUUGGGCAAGAGGACCCAAUCAUUCUCGAAAAUUGGAUACGCACCUUUGAUAAGCUAUUUGACGCAAUCAAUUGUCCUAUGGAACAGCGAAUCGACAUUGCUGUUUAUUAUCUGCAUGAAGAAGCAGAUAAAUGGUGGGUUAAUGCGGGACCGGGGUUGCGCGCACAACCGGACUUCACUUGGGAACGGUUCAAGCAAGCACUGCAAAAGAGGUUUUACCCACCACACGUGCAGGCAGAAAAUUAUGACAAAUUCCUGCAUCUGAAACAAGGAGAAAUGACGGUGCAAGAGUAUCACACUAAAUUUGUCUCACUGGCAGAAUUUGCAUCAUCACUAGUGCCUGAUGAAGAAAGCAAGGUCGAGAAGUUCGUCAGGGGACUUAACUAUGACACACAGAAGGCCUUGAGUGUGCAAGAAUGUCAAACAUUGGAUGAUGCCUAUUAUAGAGCUGCGAAGCACUAUCGGGUUAUUCAACUACAACGAGAAGCCCAUAAGAAAAUCCGAAAGAACGAGGAGGAGAAUAAAGCAAAGGAGAAGAGGCUCAAAACUCAUCAUGAGGAACAACAACUUCUGUGGAAGAGGGACAAUCGGCCGCAUGAGGGGAGGAGAUUCCUUGGGCAAGGCCCGAAGCAAAACCAUCAAAGUGGGACAGGUGAUAGGCAUUUUCAUUGCUGGAAGUGCAAGAGGGAUCAUCCGGGUGUUGACUGUGACGGCAAGCUCGUGAAUUGCUUCAAUUGUGGAAAGAUGGGACAUCGGUCAUUCGAAUGCCUGAGUAAAUUGAAGACAGGCCCUCAAAACCAGGGGAAUAAUCGAGGAGGUGGGAAUCAACCUGGAGCUGGGGCGAAUCAUGUCAAUAAUAAUCGUGGAAACAGAGCGGGAGAUGCCAACCGAACCCCGAAUCAGAACCACGAUGGGGGCAAUAACCACAAAAACAAUGCCCCUAACCAAGGUCGCAUCUAUGUGAUGAAUCAAGCACAAGCACGUGCACAUGAUGUGGUUGCAGAAGGUAAUUAUUUUGAGUGAGGAGCAAAUAGAAGAUAUCUCUAGGAGUACUUGGAGCUGAGAUGGAUAUGCUUUGGAUGAUGACAUGCAUGCUUACGGUUCUUGAGAGCGCUAGCUAGAGAUAUUACUAGUAAUAAGACUUUAUUUAUGAACUUUUGAUUUAAGAUCAUGUAAUAGACAUCUUUACUACUCUAAUUUCCUCACUCUAGAAUAUUUGAACAAGUACUUCUGUUAGCCUGUGCACUUAGCGAUGGUCUUGCUAAGUGUGGCGGUAACACCUUCAAUUUUCAAUUAUGUUACUCCGCUGCAACAUUUCAAUAUUUCAAAUUAAGUUCAUUUUCAUUUGCAUAAAUAAUUAUUUAAAUAAUUAUUUUGGGUGGAAAAUUUGGGGGUGUUACAGUUACUUCCUAGGACUUCAAGUCAAACAAGUUCCAGAAGGGAUCUUUAUCAAUCAAGGGAAGUACACCAAAGAUCUAAUCAAGAAGUUUGGAGUGGAAGGCAAAUCAUCAGUGAAGAUUCCCAUGAACACUUCACAAGGAAUUGGUCCAGAUGAUGAAGGAAAGGAUGUAGAUGCAACAACAUAUAGAGGAAUCAUAGGAUCUCUGUUGUAUCUAACUGCAAGCAGACCAGUGCUAUUGCUAUCACUCAGAAUCCAGUUCUUCAUUCCAGGACAAAGCACAUUGAGAUCAGACAUCACUUCAUCAGAGAUCAUGUGGAGAAGAAGCACAUCUGCAUGGAACAUGUGCCAACAGAAGACCAGCUUGCAGAUAUCCUGACAAAGUCUCUCCCUGAGGCUAGGUUCAACAAACUGAGAGAGGAACUGAGAAUGAUGGAUGAGAUUCCAAGGGAAAGAUGAAAAGGAAGGCCCUCUGUUGCUCUUUUGCGGUUGACAGAAUUCUUGUAGCAGAACCCCUUCUGUUAACCCCCCCUCUGUCAACCUCUUCUGGUCGCUACCCUGGCAGAACACCUCAGCAACAGAACCUCCCCCCCCCCCCCCCCCCUUUCUUACUGAAAGACCCUCUCUUAUCUAACAGAAGGUGGUGGACUUAGAAAAUCUUGUAAACCGGGUGACCUAGUAAAUUAUUAAAGGUCUUUUACCCUUUUACCCUUAAAACGGUAUCAAGCCGUCUAAAAUUUACUGCGCCCCCGUUUAUUUACUGCACCCCUUUUUACAUUUAUUGGUAUCUUGGAACCGUAAAUUAUCUCAAACGUCCACUAACCCAUAUCCAUAAAACCCCCUUUCGCAAACCUAAACCGUUACUGCUCUCAUAACUCUCAAGCUUUUGAACUCUUAUCUCUCCAAAACUCUCUAACCGCAAUAAACUCCAUGGCUUUCUUGAGCUUCUCC